GUUCUCUCUACCCGGCGGGCCAGUGAUUCUUGCAUAGUGGACGACAUAAGAAAACCUGUUAGGAUGAAGAUGGUUUCUUUUCUCCUCAUCUGCCUACUCUUAGGGGAGAUGAGAGCUGAUGAUAAAAUAAACAUCUAUGCAUACCGUGGAGGAGCCCUCAUCAUCACAUACAAAAAUGUACUAAAUUGCGAGAGGAUAUCACCCCAUUGGAAGUCACAUCGUGAUGGAUGUAUUAUGGAUCCAGUACAGAGAGGCAAAUACCAGUUUGGAAAACUGGACAUAGAAUUGCUCCCAGUGCCCUCUACUGGUCAAGACCAUGAACUGCAACGUACUGUUGGGGGCAGUGUAGAAAUCACCUGUGACUUCUCCAGCUACCGUGCUAACAGGGAGAAAUUUCUCUGCAUGGGAGCAGACCGUUCAACAUGCACCCGCCUGAGUGAUGAUAGGUACUCUGUCACUAAUGGGCAAAAUGGAAAGACUUUCAAGGCCACCAUCAAUAAUCUUGCCAAAGCUGAUGCUGGAGUCUAUUGGUGUGGAUGGAAAGUCACUAGGUCAUCUUUAUCCUACACCAACCUAUACAUCAGAAUGCAGCUUAUUAUUAUAGGGACAACCUCCACCACUACGACUACAUCCCAAGCAACAACAAGACCAUCAACAUUUCAGUCAACACCCCAUCCAGGUGAGCCAACCAAAACUACAAGGGAAAACAUCACGUCCAAAGUGACAGUGGGACCCAUGUCUACUCAGACAACACCAUCUUCAGCCUUGCAGCCAUCUUCUCCGACUGGUAUCAUAGUGGCUGUAGUGGUGUGUUUGUUCGUGGCUCUGGUCCUGGGAUUCAUUAUGCUGUUAUUCAGAUACAAAAAGAAACAUGGCGUCACCUCCUCAUCAGAAAGCAUGAACAAUUACUACACUGAUAAUGACAUGGUGGCUGUGAAUGCCCAAAGCGGUGUCACAGGAACCGGUCUGAGGACCAUCUACGCUCAACUUCCCACAGCGCCCUCUGGUGUCCCAUUGUACUCAAUGCUCCAGUUGCCCCCUGAGCCCUCUCCCUGCCUCACCUACACCUCCAUCAGGUUCAACCCGGCCGGAGGCAACAAUGCUGUCGCAAAGGAGGACACCUCCACCUACUACAGCACUGUAAAGACUACUUAGAUAACCGCCAAAUAGCCAGUAGCAAGCACAGUGAAGAGGCAGGCCAGGAUAACUGAUUUACUUCAAUAUAGUGAUACCAGUUUCAUCUAUUUCUAUUUUUGCUUGACUCUUAUUACUCUUAUUUACUAAUUACUUUUUUAUGUAUACAUGUUUGGGCU